AUGGCUCCUCUAGAUACACGCUACCAAGCUGCAAUGGUGUUGAGUGGUGUAGGAGAUUCACUAGGUUAUAAAAAUGGAGAAUGGCUCCUUUGCUUAAGUGGAAUAAAAAUUCAUGAGGAACUUGAGAAACUUGGGGGAGUAAAUAAUACUGUUAUCAAACCUCCAGAAUGGAAAGCAAGUCCCUGCACAUUACUAAAUAUACACACAGCAAAUGCACUAACUAAAUGGGAGUACAAGAACGUAAAUGAUUUCGAAUUAACAAAUGUUGCAAAGCAGUACAAAAAUACAACCGAUGCGUAUGAUAUGAAAGAAAGACAUCCUGACGAAACAUUAAUUGCUGCGCUAGAAAAACUUAAUCCUGAUGGUGAUCAAGGGCCUAUCGGUCCGUUUGACAGUAAUGGGAUAAGUAGCACGGCAGCAGUGAGGGGAAUGUGUAUUGGUUUGCGACAUCCUGAUCCUGUAGAGUUACAUGCUCUGAUAAAGCUAAGCAUAGAAAUUGGUCGUCUUCUUAAUCACCAUCCAUCGGGUUUCCUUGGUACCUUGACAACUGCGUUAUUCACGUCAUAUGCAUUGCAAAGGAAACCUGUACAACAGUGGGGACAUGGACUGAUUAAAACGUUUCCUAAAGCAAUGUCGUAUGUGAAAGAAAGUGGUAUAGCCGUGAAGGAAAACGUAAAUACUUGGAGUGAUUUUGAAGACAAAUGGCGCUGGUAUGUGAGAAGAAUCGAGACAGAAGAAAAAUGCCCUAAAUUCCCAUGCCCAUAUGAUAUCGAAAAAAAGGAGGAAUUCUAUGAGUCAAUCUCGGGAAAUGAAAGAUCAGGCAGCAAUGGCUGCGAUGCAACAAUAAUUGCAUAUGACGUAUUUCUAAGUUUUAACGGAUCAUGGGAAGAUUUGUGUAUCAGAUCAAUAUGCCACGGAGGAUUGAGCAACGUUAUUUGCUCAAUAACAGCAUCCUGGUACGGUGCUAUGUACGGAUAUGACGGGGUCAAGGAAUGCAUUUAUUCCAAGGUCGAAUUUUGGAGUCAUUUGAAAGGAUUAGCAUACAAGUUGUUCCACCAGUCGUAUUAUGAGAGUUUGCUUGAAACUCCAAAGGACCUUGCGAAGCUGGAAAAUACCGAAAAUCCAGCAAUUACG